AUUUUGGGUAGAACGACCCAUAUCCGAAUAGCGCUCCUAAUGGAUAUAUAGCAGAUUGGAAAUCUCGACGAUCGCUUAUCGUAUCGCUCCCGGCGGGAGAAUCGGAAGAUCGAGGGGCGGCGGCCAUGUCCAAGGCUCGAGUUUACGCGGACAUCAACGUGAUCCGCCCUAAGGAGUAUUGGGACUAUGAGUCCCUCACUGUGCAGUGGGGUGACCAAGAUGAUUAUGAGGUUGUUCGGAAAGUUGGAAGAGGGAAGUACAGUGAGGUAUUUGAAGGUGUUAAUGUUUCAAACAAUGAGAGAUGCAUCAUUAAGAUCCUGAAACCUGUUAAGAAAAAGAAGAUAAAGAGGGAGAUUAAAAUACUUCAGAACCUUUGUGGUGGUCCCAAUAUAGUGAAGCUUCUUGAUAUUGUCAGAGACCAGCAUUCUAAAACCCCUAGCUUAGUAUUUGAAUAUGUGAACAGUACAGAUUUUAAAAUCUUGUACCCCACGCUCACAGAUUAUGACAUACGCUACUACAUUUAUGAGCUUCUUAAGGCAUUAGAUUACUGCCAUUCACAAGGAAUUAUGCACCGGGAUGUUAAGCCUCACAAUGUCAUGAUUGAUCAUGAACUCCGUAAACUGCGAUUGAUAGACUGGGGCCUUGCAGAGUUUUAUCAUCCUGGAAAGGAGUACAAUGUUCGUGUGGCUUCAAGAUAUUUUAAAGGCCCUGAACUGCUUGUUGAUCUACAAGAUUAUGACUAUUCUCUUGACAUGUGGAGCCUUGGUUGCAUGUUUGCUGGAAUGAUAUUUCGCAAGGAACCAUUUUUCUAUGGACAUGAUAACCAAGACCAGCUAGUGAAAAUUGCCAAGGUGCUAGGAACAGAUGAAUUAAAUGCUUAUUUAAGCAAAUAUCGAUUAGAACUUGAUCCUCAUCUUGAGGCAUUGGUUGGAAGGCACAGCAGGAAACCAUGGUCUAAAUUUAUCAAUGCUGAGAACCAGCAUCUGGUAUCUCCAGAGGCAAUAGAUUUUCUUGACAAGCUUCUUCGAUACGAUCAUCAGGAUAGGCUUACAGCACGAGAAGCAAUGGUAAUUUUUUCAUAUACUUUCAAUUUUGUUCUUCUUGUUCUGUUAGAUUUCUUAUAGAACUAAGCUCUAGAA